ACCCGACUCAAACCCCUACCUGCACAGAAACAGAUUCUUCUUUCACAAAACCCUAACAUUUGCUGGUCUAAGAAAUAUCUGCACUUGACGCAAUUCUAUUCCAAAUGGGUUACAACAAGUCUAGAAAGUUCAAGAACAAUCAUCACGCACACGGUCAAUCUAGCCGUACACAUCAACCAAAUCGUGAAGAUGAAUCUCUCCCUGCUGAUCCUGAAUCUGAAGAAGAAUCAGUGGCAGUAUCGAAAAUUCAGCUAGCUAUGUGGGAUUUUGGGCAGUGUGAUGUUAAAAGGUGUACCGGACGGAAGCUAGCUAGAUUCGGGUUGUUGAAAGAGUUGCGAGUAGGAAAUGGUUUUGGAGGCAUUGCUUUGAGUCCGGUCGGACAGCAGUGCAUUUCAAGGGAAGAUUCGGACCUGAUUAACAGGAAAGGUUUGGCGGUUGUAGAUUGCUCUUGGGCACGAUUAGAUGAUGUACCUUUUACAAAACUGAGAUGUCCUGCUCCUCGUCUACUACCGUGGUUGGUGGCGGCAAAUCCAGUAAAUUAUGGUCGACCCUGUGAACUAUCUUGUGUUGAGGCGUUAGCUGCAGGUUUAAUUAUAUGUGGCGAGGUAGAAAACGGUGAGUUGUUGCUAAGCAAGUUCAAAUGGGGCCAUGCUUUCUUGUCCCUCAACAGGGAACUUUUGAAGGAAUAUGCAAAAUGUGAGAAUAGCGCUGAGAUUAUUGCAGUCCAAAAUUCUUGGUUAUCUGAGCAAAGUUCCAAAAUUCCCAAGGUUUUGGCAAAAGAAGAGGAGUCAAAAGAAGCAUGCCAUAAUGAAGAUGGAGAAGCAUCAGAUGAUGAUUCUGAUGAUGGACUACCGCCUCUUGAAAGGAAUUUAAACCACAUGACUUUAGAAGAAAGUGAUACAGAAAAGGUCAAUAGUGUGAUUUAGUAGUAUGCUACGGGCACACUCGAGGAUGGUGCCCUGACAUGGUGGAAUGCCCAGGUUCAGAUGUUGGGUAUCGAAAUGGCAAAUGCCACCACUUGGGAAGACUUUAAGGAGUUGAUGAGGGAGGAGUAGUGUGACCUCUUAUAUAAUGCUUUAAAAGACGAACCAGUAGGUGCGGUCUCAACUGGUCGGCUUCGAACGGAGGAGUCAACCAUUGCCUUUUCGACUGGUUUUGCUCUAGUUUUUACCGGAUAUUUAUUGCUCAAAACUUUUCGGUUCAUUUGUGCUUUUGCCCAUUUAGCUUGUAACCGUUGUUACCAAUGGUUUUCGGGUUAAAAAGGUGGACCAGCUGGUCUUGUUUCAUUUUCAAAACAAAACUUGAUUGAUAUUUUUUAAAAGAAAAAAGAGUAAUCAUUCAUAUA